UGAUUACCGGUGUUGUCCCUAUAGAACCUCUCGGAGAGACCAUCAAGAGUAAAAAAUGGCAGAAUUUGAUAUUUUAGUUAUAGGAGCAACAGGUUUCACAGCUCAAUUAGUUAUAAAACACUUAUUAGAACAUCACAAGGAUGUUAAAAUUGCACUCGCUGCUAGAUCUUUAUCAAAGUUAGACGAUGUCAGACAGAAGCUCGGUGUACCAUCGGAUGUGAAAUCACUCACAGUACCUGAUUUAUCAACUGAUAGCCCAGAAUUAGAGGAAAUUGUAAAAACAGCAAAGGUUGUUCUCUCUAUGGCAGGUCCAUACGCACUUUACGGUAUGAGUGUCGCUACUGCUUGCGUUAGAGCAGGUGUACACUUUGUAGAUAUCAACGGAGAAGGUCCAUCUUAUUACAUUAACUUGGUUAAACAAUUAACAUAUAAGGCAUCCCAAACUGGUUCAAUUUUGGUACCUUCAACUGGUUUAGAUAGUUUGCCAUCAGAUAUCGCCGUCUACAAGUCCGUUAAAGGUCUCCGUGAUAAUGGAAUCUAUAGUGACAUCAAUUACUCACACACUAGCUUCAGCGGUCUCAUCAAGGGUGCUAGCGGUGGUACUAUUAGCUCACUUCUCACAAUGUAUGACAAAACGCCAAAAGAUCAACUCAGAGAAAACAGAAGAGAUGUUUGGUCAUUAGCUCCAGAAGUUAACUCAGAGAGAGCAAAGUUACAAAAUGGAGAGAAGCUUAUCAGCUACGACAACGCCGUCGGCAAAUGGGGCACACCUUGGUUGUUGGGUCCACAUAACAUCAGAGUUGUUUACAGGUCAGCUGCAUUACUUCCACAACUCUACAGCAAGACAUUUAAAUACACCGAGACACUCUCCCACGAGAGCUUCUUCCGAGCAUUAUUGAGAGGUGUUAUGAUGGCACUCGGUGGUUUCCUUUUCGCAACUUUCCCAUGGUUCAGAGCUCUCCUCCAGAAGGUUGCUCCAAAGUCUGGUACUGGACCUACACCAGAGCAGGAUGCCGCUUGUAGUCUCGUACUUGACAACACAACAAAGACUGUAGAUGGUCAUGAGAUGCACACUAGAGUCACAGGAAAAGGACACGCAGGAUAUAGCUUAACAGGUAUAAUGUCAUCGGAAGUCGCCUUAUUAUUGGCAAAGGAAACACCAAAGAAGGAAGGCGGUGUAUACACACCUGCAUCUGCACUUGGUGAUGUACUUAUCCAAGAAUUGGAGAAAUAUGGCGACUUUAAGUUUACGACAAAAUUGGUAAAAUAACUUGUUUAUAAAUUACAUUAUUACAUUAUAUAUAUAUAUAUGUCAAAUUGAGAUACUAAGUCCAGUCGAAACCACCCUGUGUAGCACCAACACCCCAAUCAUCAACCUGAUCAGCCGCGGUUGAACUUGGUUCCAUACCUUCAACUAGGUUGUUGUUAUCCAUAUAACCCUCUUGAUCAGUAGGUUGAUCGAGUGCUAAGACAAUACCAGCUAGUUUAUUCUGUAGUUCCGCAAAGGCUAAUAAAAUCAUAUCUUUUGGUUCAAGUGCACCAGUUGCUUCCACGUCAAAGUAGAAUGUUCUUGGUUCAGCAUUAAGACCGAUUGGGCUGUCAUCAGGCGGGGCCUCUUCAGUUGCGUUUGCAGAGAGUGGCCACUCCGCUCUCUCAUCUUGUUCGAACCAGUAAUGCGUAUGUUUGAGUUUGUUGUAAGGGUCAUAUUCGAAUGCAACAGCGCUCGUUGGACCCCAUUUAGCAUGCUCCUUAUUAAUACCCUUCUUGGCGAUACAAUUUAUUCUCAAUUCUUGUCCUUGUCGCAAUUUACAAAGCGUAAUAGGGUAUGCGCCUUCCUGAUGAUAAUUUAUAGGCAGACCAAAGUUGUCUGGCAAACCAAUUGGAGGGUCUAUAAGAUUUCCUGAGGUGUCAUUUGCGACUUGUCCUUUUAUUUGUAAAUGAUUUGAAGUUACCAAGACUGUCUCUGGUGUAGUGCACUUUAUAUUGAGUUCGAGUUCAACGGAGCACUUUGGGCAAUGGUCUAAGCAUACACAGUCACGAUUGUAGUUGAUUAGCUUGUCGCAAGCUGUCGAUAUCAAUGGAACCAUUCCUAAUCUCCAUAGUACUGGUAGCAUAUUAGAUCCUGGCUCUAGAGUCAUAGCAUACAACACUCACGGUAAAUCAGCUAUGAGUAUUCUUCGUAAAGCAUUCGCUAGUCUAUAGCUUUAUCAGAUGUGCUACUAGGCUAUAACUCUACACACGCUAAAUCUACAUCCUCUAAUACGAAAUUUAUCCUCUCACUCUCGAGACUCCUCACUCGAACACGCAUACUCUUGGUUGUCGACGAAGAAGAG